AUGGCUUCCUCUCGUGGGCGCCGCGAACCCGAUGAGCGAUCGCCUCUGCUCUCUGUUGACCCAGUCCCCGACGAGCAGGAUGAAUUACCAGAAAACACAUCGGACGCGGCAGCCUUGAAGUCGCAAUCAGAACAACCUCCCAGCAGAUACCGGUAUCUUUCGUGGGCUUUGUUAAUUGUGCUUGGUGAAGCCAUUAUUGGGCUUUUCAUCAAAGGCUGGCUCGAAGCUGACGAUGUCGACUUUGAUCUUGGCGCUGCGUUGAAACGCGCUUUGGGUGGCGGUUUGAGCGGUGCAGCAGCUAUGGUCCUCCAAGUUCUUCUUUUGAUGCCAAUUAGGACGAUCAUGAACUACCAAUAUCGGCACGGCACCUCUUUGCGAGUGGCAACACGCACGCUGUAUGAAGACGGAGGAAUGCGCCGGUAUUACCAAGGCAUUGGUGCUGCACUUUUCCAAGGACCCAUAGCAAGAUUUGGAGACACCGCUGCUGAUGCUGGGAUUAUGGCGCUGUUUGGCUCGAAUGGAUAUCUGUCGAGGCUGCCUUCGCCUAUCAAGACGAUCUUCGCGUCUGCUUGCGCGGCUGCGUUUCGGAUGAUCCUGACGCCGAUUGAUACCCUGAAGACAACUUUACAGGCGCAGGGUGCCGGCGGAACUGCAUUACUUCGAGAGCGUGUCAAAACGGACGGAAUUGGAAGUCUGUGGUGGGGAGCGUUUGCAACAGCAGCUGCUACAUUCGCGGGGCAUUACCCUUGGUUUGCUACGUACGAAUGGCUCUCAGCGGCACUCACCGAGCCGGACAAGAGCCACCAACUAGUCCUGUGGCUUCUGCGCGCAGCUUUCAUCGGAUUCUGCGCCUCAAUUGUGUCUGAUUCUAUUUCGAACUCUCUUCGUGUGAUCAAGACCUAUCGGCAGGUCAACGACACCAGAGUUUCGUACUCGGAGGCAGCCCGACGAGUGAUUCGUCAAGACGGAAAGCUGGGUCUCUUUGGACGCGGCUUGAAGACCCGUAUUCUGGCGAACGGACUACAAGGAAUCCUGUUCUCGAUCCUGUGGAAACUCUUCCUUGAUAUUUGGGAGGAAAAGACCGGCAGCAAGAAGCAGGUGUAG